CAGGAGUGUCGCUAUGGGGGUCCUCGGGGAUUCCGCCGACCGCGACGGGGCUGAGCUGCUACUUUAGGUGCAACCGAGUCGCCCCCGCCGCCCUCUCGGCCCAGGCGCCGGCUCCCUGUACCGUCCCGGGCAUGGCGGAGCCCCACGAGUUGGUGCCCGAUUCUGGUGCUGUGUUUACCUUUGGAAAAACCAAAUUUGCUGAAAAUGUUCCUAGCAAGUUCUGGUUUAAAAAUGAUAUACCUGUAUAUCUUUCAUGUGGAGAUGAGCAUACUGCUCUUAUUACAGGAAAUAAUAAACUUUACAUGUUUGGCAGUAACAACUGGGGCCAGUUAGGAUUAGGAUCGAAAUCAGCUGUCUACAAACCAACCUGUGUCAGAGCUUUAAAACCUGAAAAAGUGACAUUUGCUGCCUGUGGAAGGAACCACACCCUGGUUUCAACAGAAGAAGGCAAUGUAUAUGCAACUGGAGGAAACAAUGAAGGACAGCUGGGACUUGGUGAUACUGAAGAGAGAAACUCUUUUCAUCUAAUUAGCUUUUUUACAUCCCAACAUAAGAUCAAACAGCUGUCUGCUGGUUCUAACACUUCAGCUGCAUUAACUGAGGAUGGAGAACUUUUUAUGUGGGGUGACAAUUCUGAAGGACAAAUUGGUUUAAACAAUAUAUCUAAUGUGUGUGUCCCUCAUCAAGUGACCAUUGGGAAACCUAUCUCCUGGAUAUCUUGUGGCUAUUACCAUUCAGCCUUUGUAACAACGGAGGGUGAACUGUACACAUUUGGAGAACCUGAGUGUGGGAAGUUAGGUCUUCCCAGUGAGCAGCUGAUCAGUCACAGAAAACCCCAGCUGGUAUCUGGAAUUUCCGAGAAAGUGAUCCAAGUAGCUUGUGGUGGAGGGCACACUGUGGUUCUCACAGAGAAAGCAGUGUACACCUUUGGGCUGGGACAGUUUGGCCAGUUGGGUCUUGGCACUUUUAUUUUUGAAGCAUCAGAACCGACUGUCCUUGAGUAUGUUAAGGACCAGAAAAUACGUCAUGUUUCCUGUGGAGAAAAUCACACAGCUUUGAUAACAGAUGUAGGGCAUAUGUAUACUUUUGGAGAUGGUCGACAUGGAAAAUUAGGACUUGGACUGGAGAAUUUUACCAACCAGUUCAUUCCCACUUUGUGCUCUAAUUUUCUGAAGUUUAUAAUUCAUUUGGUUGCUUGUGGCGGAUGUCACAUGCUAGUUUUUGCCAUUCCACGACGUGAUGCGGUAGAAGACAUUUGCAUUGAGGAAAUAGAUGAUUCUUGCUUAUCUCCAGUGGCUUCUCUGCCUGUGGGUGAUUCGGCCUCAGGAAGUAUACUACAAGGAACUUUAUCAGCCCGUGUUAGGCGAAGAGAGAGGGGAAAAUCCCCAGAGUCUAUCCAAAUGACACGUGCACUACCUCCAACAGAAGGGACUCUGGCAUCAGCUGAUUCUUUUUCUGCCAGUUCAGUCCCUUUCCGGUUGUCUACAAGUAACCUGCCAGAGAGAACCGUAUCUGGAAAGGAUAGCCCCAUGGAGCCAAUGGAACCAGAUUAUUUUCAAGAUAAAAUGACCAAAGAAAAAGAGACAGACAGUUCUUCAGUAGCGAACUCAGAAAACCUUGGAGAAACUACUGAUAUCUUAAAUAUGACACAUGUGAUGAGCCUGAAUUCCAAUGACAAGUCAUUAAAAUUAUCACCAGUUCAAAAACAAAAGAAACAAGAAACAAUUGAGAAACUGGAGAAACAUGCAGCUCAUACUGGAAAUGAUAGUAAUGAAUAUGAAUCUGAAGAGAUUUCCAAAAAAAUGAAAGAAGGGAAAACAUAUAAACAACUUUUGGCACAAGGGAUAUUCAUGAUGCAAACAACAGUGACUUCGGAAACAUUUUCAGAUGAGGACCCAGUUAACGUCUAGGGAGAUGGCAAUAUAUCUAAUAUGAUGGAGAUAUUAAGGUAAAUCUGGAAGUAUGUAAAACUUUAUUCAUUGGUCAGGCAAAGCCCCUCAUUGGGCCUCAGUUUCCUCAUCUGUAAAAUGGAGUGGAUUCCAUGAGAUGAUGACUAAAGUCCCUUCUAACUCUUAAAUUCUUUCUGACAGUCUGGUUUGUUCUCUCAUGUUUGUUAUUUGCGUAAGAAAAAAUUUUAAGCAAGGAAAAUUGCACUUUAAAAUUAAGCUAGUUUUCUAUAAAAUCUUAUUCUUUACUCUUAAAAAAACAUGACAGCUUUAAAGUCUCUUGUCAUCUGUUGUCCUGUAUUUCCAAACUCCUAUGAUUUCUGAGCUUAUCGAGCUUUAACUGUACUGUCAGAACCUUCAUUCCCAGUAUCUAUUAUGUGCUCUCAAUGUAUUCUUCAUUGACUCUUCUGUACUUGUUUGUUGCUUGUCAGAAUGUUCCAAGUAAAAUAAAAAUUAAAUGUGUACAGUCAGUAAUUGUUUGUGAAAUGAUAAACUAAUGUUAGACAUUGAAUUUUGGAGAGGCUAGAUUUCCACUGGAGUAAUUUUAAUCUUUCCUUUAAAAAUUUCAGUGUAUUUAACACAGCUAGUUUGUUUAUUGUUUAUUCAUAGCUCCCUUUUCACCUGCUUUCCUUCCCCAGGACUUGGCCAUGAGGGGUUUCUUAUAGUUUCUUUUAUCAAGGAGGAUAUUGAUGAUGAACUUCCUGUGAAUUUUGUGCAAUUGAAUUCUUUGCACAUUUCAUUCUCUGUGGGUGAGAAGGAAUAUGAGGAGGAAUACUAGAAUAAUACAAAAUGAAGAAACUCCCAGGAGCAGUUGUAAAUUUUACGUUAGCUGCAGGAUCACUAGUAACUUAUCUAAAUUCCGCUAACUAACCAAUUAUACUGAUUUGGCAUUUGCAGUGUUCUACCAAAUUCUGCCGUAUUCAUUAAGUGUUUGUAGAAUAGAAUUAAUACUAUGAUAUAGUGUAUGUGCUGUGCUGUUAUUUCUAGUGCCAAACAUGGUUAUUUAAAAAGUAGACUUAAAAUGAUUCAAUAAGAUGGAUGACAGGAUUGGAGAUCAUAAAGGAAAAACUUCCAGGAACAUGAGAAACCCUUAAACUUAAGUUACUGAUUUUAAAAGUAUGAGCAUUCGUCUUCCACUGAAGAGAUCAGCAAACAAUAUGGAAAUGGUGCUUUGCAAUGUGCCUACCUCAGUAUUUGAACUGGUGCAGAUGUCCAUUUCUAAACAGCAUUUCUUACCCAUUUCUUCACAUUUCCCUAGCCAAAAUGUUCUUCAUGUAAGCAUAGUGUGCCGAUCAAAAGGGCACUGGCCUAGUAAUUUUGAGACCUGGGCCUUGCUUCCAGCUUUGUACUUUUGAGCUGAACUCGGGCCAGUUUCUUAGCCUUGCCAGGCCUCAAUUUUUUUUCCGCAUUCUGGAAAAGUAUAGAAUUAGCAUGAGUGACCUAAGUGAUUCUGUAGUAAAAUCAGUUGUUAUCAGGUUCAUUACCAACUAGAACUUUGCCAGACCCAGAUUUUCUGGUAUCCCUCUUCCUUCAAUUAAAAAUCUGGAGUCUAGUCACCAAAAUUGCUCCACCUGCAAGCUAAAUAGCAGUUCUACUAAUUUAUAGUACCAUCAGGGAGUUUAUGGAGAGGAGCUUAUUAUUGAUUAGUGGUGAGAUGGGGGGAGAAUAAAAGAACCAGGUCUUGCCAGACUUUCAUAAACCAGAAGUGAUUUGCAUAUUUGUAAAUCUUAUAUAUAUUAGGAGAGAAAGAAAAGGAAGCUUAAGAAUGAAACUACCUCAUCCCUUAUGAAGUAAUACUUGGUUAAAUAGAUUGAAAUAACUGGUUCCUUCCUUUAUUGUCCUCACCUGUUAGUUGAUCAAGCUCUUACCCUAGUUGAUCACUGAUAAAUUUCUGAGGGAAGUGUGAGUUGCAUAUGUAGCAAUCCACUGAGUUGCAGUUUCAUAAUGAGGACUCUGGCAGGAAAAUACUGUGUUUAAGGUAAGCUACACAGGGCCACCACAGAAAUAUCUACUGCUGCUGAAUAGCAGCACUUAAGGUGAGUGAAAUAUUUUCAGUUAUUUAGCUGUAGAGAUAGACUUGCUAUACAUACAUAUCUCAGAAAAUAAGAUGCUACCAUGGAGGUGGAGGAAGGUACUAUAAUGCCUUCCUUAAAUUCUUUUCAAUUGUGAAAAUUAAAUGUGAUAUUAUCUCGAGUACCUGACACAUAACUUAAUAUUUGGUACCUAUUAUUUAUUCAACAAAUAUUGAUGGGCCGAGCACCAAAAAAAGAAGCUUCCCCAAAUCAGGUUGUUCUCAAGAGAUGAGAGCAGGUUACAGUCAACCUCUGUGGCCCUCUUACCUGUCAGGGACUUACAGUAUAGAUUUCUUAAAACAAUACCAGGUAAAAGGAGUUCCUGUCAGUCUGCCUUAACUAUUGCUUAACAAUGCCCUUUUGUUUCCUGAUACCCCUAUUUUCUUAUCCAGGACUGCCCAAAGAUUUAAAAAAAAAAAAAACCUUAAAACAAAGUUAUGGUUUUCUUCCAUUAAUUCCUUCAAUAAGAAAAUUUUUUUUUGGUUUUUUUGCCGUGGGUAUGCAGAGUAAGAUAUGGCCCCUAAUCUUGAAGAACUCUUAGGCUAUUUAUAUAGACUGACCAGAAAAUUUAUAAGUACAGUAGAGUGCCUGUAGGAGUGGCACUUUAGCUGCAGAGAAGGGUUAGGAAAGGGCUUUUAAGGAGCUAGUGGUGAAACUUGAACUAAGUCAUGAAAGGGGAACUUUACCAGGCAAAGAAGCAGUUGGGGGAGGUCUUUGCAGGCUGAUGGGAGCCAUGAGAGUGGUUUGGUGUGACUGCAGCCUAGAGUACACUUUGGGCCUGGACAGGGAGGCAAAGGGCCUUAUGUCUUUAUUAAGGAUGUUAAACAGAGUGAGAUGUUCACACUUGGGUUUUUGUAAACCCAUUCUGGAAGCAAUACGGAGGGUGGAUUAGAAGUAACAGGACCAGAGGCAGGGAUGCCUGUUAGGAGGCAGUUGUUAGACCAGGCAAGGAAUGAAAGAGGGCUUGGACUAGGACAGUAGGGAGGGAGAGAUGGGGACAUUUAUUAUCCAGAGAGAUUAGGUGUAGAGUCAGAGGAGUUAGUAAAGAGAUCGAGCUAGAAGGGAGGUAAAAGGCCAAGCUUUUCUUUUUUCUGGCCUAGAGAACUGGGUGGAAAUAGUGCCAUUCACCAAGAUUGAGACUAGAGGAGUAGGAGCAGGUGUGGGAGCCGGUUUGGAAAUUUUUUUUAAUUGUACUUUAGAUGAAGGUUUACAAAGCAAACAAGUUUCUCAUUAAACAACACAUAUUGUUUUGUGACAUUGGUUGCCAGGCGGUUUGGAACUUGUUGAUUUUAGAUUGUCCCCAGGAGAUGUUCAGUAGGCAGAUACGUGAAUGUGUCUGGAGCUCAGAGAAGAUUGCUGAGCAUCACCAGCUUAUAUAUGUCAUUAAAAUCGUGAAUUUGAAUGAGAAGUAGUACUCAUAGUGUGAAAAGAGAGGACUACUGAAGACAGAACUCAGGGAAACAUCAGUAAGUAAGGGAGAUGUUGAGAAAGGGAAGAGUGAAGAGAAGGGGGGAGGAACAGUUGUUAGGAAAGAGAGAUGCCACCCAAGCCAAGGAAGGGCUUUCAAGGAGGAAGGAGUGGUGGAGGACUAGUGGAGGGCCAGGGGUAGAACCCACAUCACCAGGAGAGAAAGAGCACAGGCUGCUCCUUCAGGAAGUCUGGUUUGCAGAGAAAUAGAAUCAGAACUAGAGGGAAAAGUAAAUAUCAUGCAUAGAGUUUCACUUGUAUAGUUGCAUUUCCACCCCAGGUGUACUGAAUCAGAAUCUACAGUUUAACAAGAUCCCCAGGUGAUUCUUAUGUAGAACCUGGGAACUUGUUAAAAUUCGGAUUCUCAGCAGAGAACUUGUUAGAAAUGCGUAUUCUCAGCAGGAGUUCAAGCCAGAAGAAACAGGUUCAAAGCCCUGCCUUCCAGUUCGCUGCAGUUCCCACCUUCUGCCCUAGCUCCCUGGCUCCUGGGAGAGAUUAAAAGCCUGUGUGGAAGAAGGUAGAACAAAUAGUGAACAUUUUAAAUGAGCUAUUUUCUAGUUGUAAGAUCUGGGACGUUAUGGCAAAACAUUUCCAAGCCUGUUGUUUUUUGUUUAGUUUUUUUGUGUGGGUGUGAAGUGGUAUCUCAUUGUGGGGUUUUGUUGUUUUAUUAUUUUUUUGCGUGUGUGUCCAUUUUUUUUAUUGUGGUAAAUAUGUAUGUAACAAAACAUUUCAACAAGCCUCUUAUUUUUUGACAGCCCUCAAUGCACAGUAGCAGUCCCAUCUUUUCACGGAUGGGCCUUUACAAAAUCUCUUACAUUUAUAUACAAAUGUGUAUGAUUUUCUCAUGUGUUAUGUUAUUGUCUCAGUAACCUGUUUACUCUUUAUACAAACUGUCCAAGGUAGGUGUUGCUAAGGCUGUUUGCCCAUGUUACAGAUAGACUGUAAAGUAAAUUAAUUAGGGGCCUGGCCCAGGCUUUGAAAGCAGUGCUUAGGUUUUUGUAUUUUAUGCCCUGCCCACUCUCUGUUACUGCUUCAGUGAUUUCUACUGUAGUUAAAACAUAAACUUGCAUGUUAGCUUUUUCUGUCCUAAAACAACUUGAAAUUGAGAUUUUAAAAUACAUGCUUUCCCACCCAAUAUGACUUACAUAUAAAGAUUUAUGCUAUAUUAAACUAUUUGCAUGUCAUACAGCCAGAAUUGCAGCUCAGUGUUUUACGUGUUAAUCUAUAGUUCUUUUUAUUUUUGUUACUUAAAAAAUUUAUCAAAGUAUAAUAUACAUAGAGAAAAGUACACAUCUCAUACACACAUAGCUCAUUGUAUUUUCACAAACUGAGCACACCCAUAUGAUCAGCACCCAGAUCAAGGAAAAGCACAGUAUCAGCUCCCUAGAAGCUCUCCUUCCAGCCCCUUCCAGUCAUUUUCCAUUCCCUUGGGAUAACUACCACCCUAAAUUCUAACAGCAAUCUCUAGUUCUUAAAGUCUGCAAUGUAAGUGUAUUCUUAUGCAAACUGAAAUCUCACAAGGAACAUUUGAUUUCUUGAUAUAUCCCAUGAGAAAUGUAAAAAGUGUCGCCCUGGCCCAGGCCAAAGACUGCAGCCCUAGUGCGAUGUCUGACCAAUGAAACAGGGUCCUUUUGUGGGAGGCAAAGUCCAGUCACUUCUUUAAUGCGACACUAGACACUUGCCUGACCCUUCGAGACUACCCUUUUACAUCUUCUUAUGGUUCUAGUGCCAAGAAUGUAUUUAAACUUUACCCUUUCUUUUUAUAAAAUGACAGUAUUGUGCUAAUCUCUCCUAAAUUGUUUCAGUUUAAAGGUAAGUGCUUUAUGUGAUUUUAAGUAGUUGUUGUCCGGAUGUGUAUAGAUUAAUUUUAAAUGUGCUUAAUAAGUGCAAAGUGCUAUAAUUCAUGGUGGUAUUUCUAGUGAAAACACCGUUUUCUAAUCUUGUUGUUGUUAGUUGCC